GCGUUGUUCCAGCUCUUCGCGUGUCUGCGGUUUUGUUAUCUCUCUCUUGCAUUCGUGUUUUUGUGGUCGUCAGUAGGCUGCGCACUUUGUCCUUGCUUUUAGCGCCGUUCUUUGUGCGCUCGGUUAAAAAGAAGGAGCACCGGCAUUUUCGUUUCGCAGUUAGAGCAGCGCGGGGUUCGCAAUGGGAGAAAGCAAGGACAGCGAAGAUUUGGUUCACGUUGAGGAAAAAGUCACGGAUGUCGCCCGAAAAGUCAUUGAAUCACAGAAUGCAGACGAUGCCUUUUUUGUUUGUGAUUUACGAGAUUUGGAAGCGAAGAUAAAGCUAUGGCGUGAGGAAAUACCCCGUGUGACGCCUUUUUAUGCCAUCAAGGCAUGCUCAGACCCUGUAAUACUUCAAAUCCUCAACACCCACGGAGUGAACUUCGAUUGUUCAAACAAGGCCGAAAUGAUGUCUGUAUUCGACAUGGGCGUCACUGCAAAUCGCAUCGUGUACGCCAACACGGUGAAGUGCACCUCACAUCUGCGCUUUGCGCAACAACGAGGAGUGACCCUCAUCACUUUCGAUUCAGCGGAAGAGUUAGAGAAAAUCGACGACCCAAACGCGAGGUUGCUGCUGCGUAUAGCUGCAAAUGAAUAUGGUGUACAGCAGUCCAUGAAUGCCAAAUAUGGGAUUCCAUUCCAUGAUGCAAGAAAUGUUCUCUCUGCCGCUCGCGAUAUGGAAUUGAAUGUCGUUGGUGUGUCAUUUCACGUUGGGUGCGCGUAUAAGCACCCCGAAAUAUUCGCACUGACAAUCGCUGAUGCCAGAACCGUUUUCGACAUUGGCAUCGAGAUGGGUUUCGCAAUGACAGUCCUCGACAUCGGGGGAGGAUUUCCUGGCGGCGUUCGAAAGAAAGACCAUUUCUACAAGGUGUGCGAAGCUGUACGAUCUGCCAUCGACCAGUUUUUUCCUGCCUCGUCUGGUGUCGAGAUAAUUGGUGAACCGGGACAGUUUUUCGUCACAUCCGCGUACACUUUGCUCACGAAGGUGGUCGGCAAGAAAACGAAGGAACUCGUCAUUGACGGCCUGACACACACGCAUCAAAACGUGUACAUAAAUGAGAGCAAAUACAACUGCAUUCCUCGGGACCUCUACCCGUUCAUGGACAUAAGUUACCGACCACUUGAUCCGCCCUAUGAAAGGCCUUUAGAAGUGCUCACCACUCUCUGGGGUGCUACCUGCAAUCCCAUGGACUGCAUUCUGAGCAAGGUGCCAUUCUUCGAAGUCUCCGUGGAAGAGUGGCUACUAAUGGAUAACAUGGGCGCCUACACGCUCGUGCUGGCCUGCGGUUUCAACGGCUUUCCCAUGCCAGAAGUGCACUACAUAUGCACGGCAGAGAUCGCUCCCCAACUUCGUCGCACCAUCGACGCCAUGGUCGUCCGAUCUGGCUACGGCCACUUGCAACAGGCUGUCAAGUGGCACCGCAUGCGAAACAGUCUGUCACAUAAGGCUUAGUUUAGCUUCGCUUAGCUUAGCUUCCCGCCUGCAAAACUCGAUGAGCAGACUUUCUGCCAGCCGCAAACUUAAUGCACUCGUAAAUGGAGCUUUCGGAAUGUAAUUAUUGUGGGAACGUGCUCCGUCAGUUAUUUACCUUAACUGUUACAAAUACGUACAGUGGAGCGCAUUAAGCAACAUGGUAUGGCAGUGAGUUUUGUUGUAAAUUGAAUACAUUCUUAUUACAUUUAUUUUAUGUCAAGUCUCUAGAAGAGACCCCCAGUGUGCUAACACACCGAAAUUACCAGUCGGUGUUAGCUCCAACGGCAUAUAAGAAGUUCUUCCUUCACACCCAUUUAUCUCUACCUUUAUUCUGUCAGAAGUUGUGAGAAAACCAUUGUACGACUCCGCGUGUAAUCGAAAACCGUUCUUCCCAGCCCUGCGGAGUCCUACAGUCAGCAUCUGAACAUUUAUAUAGCCAGUAUCAUCAGUAUGCGAUACACUAUAAUUAAUGUCUUGUUGACCCAAUCUAUAAUUUUACAUGCGUGGUGCAAAAAUAGCAGCCCCUGCUGUGGCAGACUCGGAUAUAGUUCUGUCUCGCACAGUGACCUAUUAUGCCCGUAGUACAGUUUCUUCUGAAUUUAAAGUACCUGAUACAUUACCGCCUUUUUCCAACAGCGGGCUCUAACUUUCCCUGUCGCUUCUUUUAAGCAAUAAACCUGUGA